CGUUAAACAUGCUCAAAGUCUCGAAUAAGUCAAGGAAAAAUGAAUAAUUGGAAACGAUAUAAGUGAUUGAGAAAUGUACAAGUAUGAAUAAUUGCUUAUUAGUCUAGAAAUUAUGAAGGAGGAUCGCUUAUAAUUGAGGUAAAUGGUAAAGGAUGAAAAUGUGAGGCUCAUCGAACUAGUUGCUAAACACAAAAGGAGAAAUGAUCUCAACGAUUUACAAUAAGAAUUAAGAAAGUUCCUUAAAGAUAAAAAAGGAUCUCCAGAAAAAGUACAAGGCGCUCCUCUUAUUUUGAGAAAAGUCAAAUCAAAAGAAAGAUGUGAAUGGAAUACAUCUAUGAGUUCAAACCCUUCAAUUAAAUCACCGAGUCGAUCCAAUCUAGAUUUUAGGAAGAAAUAAAAGGAAGAUUAAUCACACAAAAAAAUGGAAUCCUUCAAGAAGCAAGAAAAAUUGGAUAGUCAAAUAGAACAAAAGGAAAAUGAAGAAUUUAAGAUACUUGAUGAAAUAUAAGAAGUCAAACCAUAAGAAUAACAAAUUGUAUUUAAUACAGCGAAUUCAGUUGUCGAUCCAUUUUUUGAUGAUUUGACCCCUGUCAAAAUGGAAUUCUAAACCAUUGUUUCUUAAGCCCCUCUCAAUUAAAGUGAUUAGAGAAGUGAAUGCAUCUUGCAAUAUAAUGCAGCAGAAAUAUAGCAAUAUAUUCAAUAAGAUAAACAUUAUGUUUCAAAGGAGACUUACAUAAUUCCUUAAUUAAUUAGUCUAAAUUAUAAAUAAAUGGUAAAUGCAGAAUAUUAAAAUUUAUUUACAGACUGGAGAAAUAUACUCACUCCUUAAUAGCCUACUUAUCAUGUAAAAGAAGAUAAUGUGUAUGAAUAUGAAUCACAAUUGUAAAUUGAGUCAGAACAGUCAAAAUAAAAUUUAACAACUCUUAAGACUGAACCUUCUCAACUUGUAAAGAGUUUAGAAAUCAGAGGUGUGACUGCUGAAGAAUUAUUCACCUAUUUAGUUCAUCAUAGAUUUACUAAAAGGUUAAAUUUAUAUUAGCUUAUGGAAAAUGCAAAGAUAGCAAUUCCAAAUGCUUAAUUGGAUCUAGAUUCUUUGUUUAAAUUGGCAGACACUGAUGAAGAUGGAUGGAUUAGUUUAGAAGAUUUAGGAGAGACCCUAAAAGAAACCUGUUUAUAAAAGGAACCACACCCUAAUCCAAUCAAGGAAUUGUUCAAUCAACUUAAUGGAAAUGUGAAUAUGGACAAUUUUAUCAAUGAAAUGAAUGAUAGAAUAUAGGGAGAAAUGUAAAUAAUUAUCAUUUUAAUUUUAGUCUCUAUCAUGAAAUUGAUCUAUUUGGAAAAGGAUUUAUAACUUAUUGGGAAAUGUACAAUCAUUAUGAAGAAAUUGAAAAAUUACUGACUAAAUGA